AUGUGUGGCGGCGCCCAGUCCGACGCUCAUAAAUACGUCGGUGCUACUCUUGCUCUCGAUGAAACACUGUCCGAGGGGAACGGCACUCUGUCGAACCUCUUCAGACUCCAUUUUGUUCAAGACAAGCCACCGAUAGGCUCUCACAAGGUAUGCAUCUGUUUAAUGUUCUUCUCUUCUUGUCUCAAUCCGUUGGAGAUAUGGACUACCCAGACGGCUGAGCAGCGGGCUGGACUCAUCCGCUGCGAUGCUGAAGAGGUUUCUGAUUCCUACGGGCUUUGUAUGUGCCUCCCCAAUUGUCCAGCGGGACAGAUCGUGGCCCAAGACUACGCUGUCACUCUCGGCAACGUAGACAUCAUUGGACCCACGGGGAACCAGUCUUUCAACUGUUUUCCGGAUCGUAAUUGCAGCUUCGUCAUCAGAGGCCAUGGCUUGUCGAAAUACGAUACCUUGGCCGUUGUGACUGAGGCCGACCCAAGCCACUGUGGGGUUUCUGACACCACCUCGCUGCUCGAGAGUCUGAGUGUUGGAGAAGUAGACGAGGAUGGCCAGUGGGUAUCGAUGAUGCUGCUCGAGGAGAAGGGUCUACCAAGUGUCGGUGAGGUGUCCGACCCGGAAAGGGCCUUCAACUCGGUCUGUGGCUCGGCCUCAGGCGCUUACUGGCUUUGCUGGUGCACACCGGUGCUGCCGUCUGGGUGCAUACAUCCGGCCCAGUUCACAGUGCCUGUCGGGUCAUUCAGCGUCAUCGGACCUCGUGCAUCACAGCAUUUCGUCUGUACCCUCGGCAUUCCAUGCGACAUCACCAUCCGCGGGUUCGAAUGCACCCCAAACUCGGAGUGUAGAAUGCGGAUCGCUGGUAUUGGGCUCGUUAAGGAGACAGACCGGCUGCUCAUCACUAAAGGGUCACUCUGCGCACCGAACAGCAGUGACGUCAUUCCUGAUGAUCAACCAGCACCAGAGCAAGGUGCGACUGACCGGACCUUCCUUAUGAUAGUCUCCUCAGAACAUGUGGUCAUCACUGGAUAUACGACCCUUACCCCUUCCCCGGGCACGUUCCUCAAUCCGUACCGCCUCAGCGUGCUUGGCACGUACACAGUAUGUGUCUGCGCCGCAUUCACGGCCGCUACCGAGCCGUCGGAUCGGGGUCUAGGACGAGAAGUCUGCUCCACGACUGAAGACUUUACGUUGAACGCAGGCGUGGUUCGGUCUAUCGGUGUCGUCUGGUCCUCGGGGGAUCCGGUUACUUGCGGUGCCAUGGACGCGAACUGCGUCUUUAACUUCACCGGUGAGAGCUUCGGCAUGAACCCUCGUGAUCGCGUUACCCUCGCUACCGCUGCCUCGUGCAAUGGUUUACCGAGACGCAAAGUUGCUAUUAGUUUUCCCGUCUACACUUACCCCGGCGCCUCGGUAGAGUGGGGAGCUCUGGUUCCUCCACGAGCUAUCCCGACUGGCGCCAAUUUCAGUGUUUGUUAUUGCGCAGCGGGCCUCGACGACAGUGACUGUGGCGUUGAAUCCUCCUUCCACCUCCGUGCCGGCGAACUCAUCGUCUCGGGUGCGAUAGAAGCAUCCGUCAACCAUUCUUGUGUACCAGGGGAGACCUGUGUGGUAUCCAUAAGAGGCCUCAGUCUGCACUCCCGAGACAGGCUCAAGGUCCUCAACAGUCUCAGUCGUCAAUGCAGUAACAUUGUGGUCGACAAAUUUGGUGACAAAGUCGUCAACGUGUCCGACUUGACCAACGACAGGCGUAUGUCGACUUUCCGCAUAUCCUCUUUCAAAACAGCGGACAGCUACGUCCUCUGCUACUGUCCAUUCACCGGCCUUCCGGAUUGGAUAGAGGACCCUUGCUCGGCUCGAACACCCCAUAGUGCUGGCAAGCUGUACAUUGAGGGGAUCAUGCCUUCCCCCGAGGAUAGCGCUCCCGCCUUAGGGCGAUACAAGGGGACAGUGACGUUACCCGUGAGGAUGAUAGGCAGGCCCAGUGAGAACUGGAAGGUCGGACUCAGGCCUGGUGACGGUCUCCAAUGCAACGACAGUAGCCUCGCUGAUGAUGUUGUGGUCUCUGAGGUGGACCUUCGGACGGACAACCACCUGGUCGUAGACGUGAGUCGCCUGCCACAGGGUAGAUACCGAGCGUGCGGCUGUAUGGGUGAAUGCGACGAGAGAGACUCUUAUGAAACUUCAGUCGACCUCGGCACGAUCGACAUAAUUAGCCCAGCCCUGAAUGUAAGUAGGGAAAACUCGACACCUUCGUAUGUUCGCUGUGCUGCUGGCCAACCCUGUGAGGUCUCCGGCGUUGGCGAUAUUCAAGGUGCCGAGAUUUUCUUAACGACCCUGUCCCUUCCCCCCGACACCCAGCGAGCCACGAUCGCCUCGAUGCCAGCCAAGGAAGCUGUUUGCGGGGAGUUCGAGGAGGAGGUUUUUGACACUCCUGUUGAACGAAGCCAUCAGGGGACCUUCGCCUUGCCACGGUAUUCGUUUGGAUCCAUUCGGAGCAUCUGUGCGUGCAUGAAGAUUGAUGGCAGUCUGGACGGUUGGGAUUGCAGUAAAUCCGAACAUUUCAAUAUCGCUAUUGGGCGGAUGGUCGUCUCUGGCCCAUCGAGGUCAUCAGAUAAUCUUCGAUGUCCGGUACAGUCGGAGUGCCGUGUAGAAAUAGAAGGUGUACUUCUCAAGGAAGGGGACCGCGCCGUGCUCUUGACGGAAGGCCAAUGCGGUCAGAACAGUGCCAACCCGAAGGACGAACCAGCCGAGAUCAAACUCAAUAAGGACAAGUCUGUCGGUGAGUUCAAUUUCGGCAAAUCUGGCUCGGCCGUGGAAACCUACAAGAUCUGCUAUUGUCACGAUGCGGCUUCUCAAGGCUGUCACGAGAUGGAGGAGUUCACCCUCGCUAUGGCGCCGCUGGACAUCUAUUUUCGUCUCAACGCUUUCCACGUGCUCGGUAUCAUUCUUGGCUGUCUCUUCCUUAUGCUCAUCCUCCGGUAUGUUUGGGUGAAACUCCGACGUCGGAGGUUCGCCACAGGAGCUCAUCAGCUCGAUUUUGACAAAGCGGGCAAGGGUAAAAUUGGCUACGAAUACACCACAGAGGUUGGCGGUCGUCGAGGAGGUCGUACAAAAACAAGAGUGAUAUGGCGACCGAAGGAUCAGGAUGCCGAGAAGGCCGCUUUGGACACCCUUCGGAAUCAACUCCCUGAACGCGUAGAUGAGCCAACCGAAGACGAUGACGAUAUGGCUGAGGAUGGUGAUGUGUUUCACGUUCCAGAGGAUGACGAAGAAGGUGGCGAGAAGCUGCAGGGCUACUACGACCUCAAUGGUAAGCUGAAGGCGAUCUAA